AUGAGACCCCAUGUUGUAAACAGGUUCGAUCAUAAGCUGCUGAUAUCACCAUCCGGAAAGUGUCGCGGGCAAGUGAAACUUUUGAUAACGGUUCUGUCGGUGUACGGUAACGUCAACAGAAGGCGUGCUAUAAGGCAAUCGUGGGGAAACUUGGCCAAACGACCAGACGUCCGCCUUGUCUUCAUCUUCGGUCAACAAACCACAGAGUCAUUUAAUAACUACUUAAUGGAGGAAAGCAUUACAUUCGGAGAUAUUAUACAAUAUGAUUUUAAGGAUUCUUACAGAAAUUUGACUUUAAAAUCCCUUUCAAUUUUGAGAUGGGCUCGAGAAAACUGCCCCAAUGCCCAAUUUAUUUUAAAAGUUGAUGACGAUAUCACCAUAGUUACUUCAAGGCUUUAUGCCAUACUGCGAAAUUUAGAACCAAAGGGUAUAAUAUACGGGACGUAUAAUAACGCAUUUUUAGUCGUAAGAAAGGGAAAAUGGAACAUAUCCUAUUCAGAUUAUCCGUUCAGUUUUUUCCCUGCGUAUGUGGCAGGCGGUGCAUAUGUUUUAUCGUCUGAUGUAGCUGAGACGCUGCUGAACGCUGCCAGACACGUACCACUGCUGCCGGUGGAAGACGUCUUCAUUACAGGCAUCCUAGCACACAUUAAAUCGAUUCCUCUCACUCAAGAUUCUAAUUUCUUACUACGUGACUAUUUUCCGAAGUAUAAACAGCGAACAUGUGAUAGGGUAUCUCAUGAUACGGUGGCCAUUAUGGUGGUAACUUUUGAGGAACGUUCCUUGGUAUACCAGAUGAACAGAACUUUCUUGGAUCUAGAAGGCUGCACAACGCAGCAACAUUCUACACUGGUUGUGUAA